CAAUCAGUGGACCAGAUAACACUGACAGAUCAGAUGAGCCAGAUUGAAGAACUAAUUCAAGAAAGAGACAAGUUUAGACAAGAGGUGUCAGACUUACAGUCCCGUGUCCAGACGUAUGAUGACACUAUGGUGGAUAAACACAAGGUGGAGAGGCUGGAGACAAAGGUUCGAGACCUGGAGAGUCGUCUAGAGCUGGAGACCACAACAAAACAUAAACUAGAGAGUCAGGUGAGCAGACUCAAGGAACAGAUUGAUCGAUUGACUACAGAGAAAGAAGACUUGAACCUGGCGAAGUUGUCUGCAGAGGAGGCCAACAAGCGAGUGCAGAAACAACUUAGAGACUUACGAGAAGAAUUUGGGGACACUCAGAAACGGGAGCUGGAGGCUUCACAGAAGAAGAAAGAACUGGAAACCAGAAUCGAGGAGCUCGAAGGAGAAUAUGAACAAAACCAAUCAGAUUUGAAAUUGGCAUUGAAAAGAAUCACAGAUCUUCAGGCAGCAUUGGAGGAAGGUCUUGAUAGUGAUAGUGAUGUCUUGAUGUCAGACAGAAUUGUCUGUGAUAAUGAUGUCAUAACACUUGUGACUAAUUAUGUCUGUGACCACCACUUGUUGACUGAAGAAUUAU